UUAGGAAGUUGUUGGGCUUUCUCGGCGAUUGCAGCGGUGGAAAGUAUCAACAAGAUAGUAACAGGACAACUGAUUGAUUUGUCGGAGCAAGAACUUAUUGACUGCGAUCGAGCUAGCCUAGGCUGCUUAGCCGGGUACAUUCUUACUGCAUUCCAAUUCAUUAUUCGCAAUGGUGGUAUAGACACGGAAAAGGAUUAUCCUUAUCAAGAAGCCAAAGGCACCUGCAAUGCCACUAAGAUGAAAUCAAAGGUGGUGAGCAUAGACGGUUGGGAAAGAGUACCACCCUACGACGAAAAUAGUUUAAAGAAAGCUGUCGCACAGCAGCCCAUCAGCGUUGGCAUUGAAGCUUAUGGCAAGGAAUUCAAAAAUUAUGUCUCGGGUAUUUUCACGGGAAACUGCAGAACCUCCCUAGAUCAUGCAUUGGUGGUGGUGGGAUAUGGCAGUGAAAAAGGACUUUAUUAUUGGAUAGUGAAGAAUUCAUGGGGAACGAAUUGGGGUGAAAAAGGAUAUAUGAGGAUCGAGCGGAACAAUGUUCCUAGCGGUAAGGGAAAAGGGAAAUGCGGCAUAGCUGUACAAGGUUUUUAUCCCACAAAAAAAGGAAAUGCCGGAGUAGGAGACGGUGUCGUUAGUACAGCAUGAACGUAUCAAUUAAAUUAAACUAUCCAAAUCUAAGUUAAAAUAAGGUGGAGGUGGUGGUGGUCACUUCUUUUGUUUUUGUUGUUAUUAUGUAUUUAAUAAAAUGAUCAUGUUUUAUUAAUAAAUCUACCAUGAUCACAUGUGUAUUUGCAUAAUUAAUAAUAUAAAUAAAAUAUUAUUUA